AUGGAAGAACAAGUCGAAAUGGUGGGGAGGGCAUUUGUGGAUCAUUAUUACCUUCUUUUUGACAGUGAUAGAGCUUCCCUCUCUGCUCUAUAUCAACCAACCUCUAUGUUGAGCUUUGAGGGCCAAAAGAUUUUUGGGGUUGACGAUAUUUCUGCCAAGCUUAAUCAGUUGCCUUUUGAUCAAUGCAAGCAUCUGAUCAGUACUGUCGAUUCCCAGCCAUCAUCGACAACCGGUGGCAUUGUGGUCUUUGUCAGUGGCAGCCUCCAAUUAUCGGGGGAAGAACACCUCCUAAGAUUUAGUCAGAUGUUCCACUUGAUUCCGACUCCACAGGGAAGCUUCUUUGUCCAGAAUGAUAUAUUUCGUCUGAAUUAUGGUUAAAUUUUUUUCGAACUCUACCCCUGAGUUUCGGCAACUAAUUACUACUGAAAUGUUAUUGUUGUAAACUUGCACAAGUGAAGAAAUAAAUAUGUUCUCCAUC